AUGCUAAAUAAAUUAUUUUUCCUCAAUUUAAUUUUUGUUUUAAUUUUUUGUACAAUAAUUAAAGCAAAUGAAGAGGAAUUAAAGAAUCCUCCUCAAGAAUCGGAAGAAGAUCCUUCCAUUAUUUUCGAAAAAUAUUUAAAUCAUCUUAAAAAUCCAAAACGUGUAAAAAGAGAAUUUUAUGGAAGUUUACCUAGUUAUCAACAAUUGAAUCAAUUUUUAGAUGGAAUUACUGGUUGGGUGCCUAGACAAAAUACUUAUUACGGUCCUCCCGCUGGUGGUCGUUAAAAUUAUCAAGUUGGGUUUAAAGAAAGAACAAUUGAUGUGAUAAACAAUUAAAUAACAAACAAAAACAAUGAAAUUAAAAAA